ACUGCCUCAUCAUGAUAUGAAGACACGUACGCCCUAUCAAUUGCUUGCCGCUGUAACACAGCCCGGAACAUUCUCCAAUUCAAUCUCGCUGCCUCGCUCUAUGCAUACCGAAUAUAUGUAUGCCACAACCCAUACAUGUCUUCACAUCUGUUUUUAGCCUUUGGACGUGCAACCGAUGUCAAGCCAUCAAGUGGUACACAGCUUUGUCACUCUCUUCUCUGCUUUUGCUUGACCUUUGUCUACCGCGGACCAAGUUCAAGCAAGAUUUCGAUAGUCUACAAAACAUGACGCCUAUGGCACCUGUCUCGACCAAUUCUGAAUGCCCUCGGAAGGCGUGACCGAAGUACUGUACAUGACAAUUCUCCCGUGUCUGGAGAAAAGCAUCACAUCCUUGCUAGGUCUU